AUGAAACGGAAAGCAGAGAAUCCAGAAUAUAGAAAAAAAAUCAAUAACCACAGUUUCAAGAAAAGAAAAGUAAAAAACUCAGAACCCAUGAGCCAAAUAAAGAGAAACUAUGUUAAAGUUAAGAAAACAGUUAUGAGUGUUCAUCGAAUUGCACAAUGUGCUAAAAUGCAAUAUCAAAAUGCACAAACUAAAUCACGACCAACAACUGAUAGUUAUGACUUACAAGCUCAGAAAAAUGAGCACAAUGUAAUUUCUAUGAUCAAUUUGUUUCACAAUCACAUUAAAUGUGGCCCAGAAUAUAUCUGUGACCAGUUGUGGUACAAGUCCUCAGUAGUGAAA